GGUCAAACACAACGAAACGACAAUGGGCCUUUCGCGGUGCAGAUACCGCAUUUCGCUUCGAAAUGGAAAUGCGGCUUCCGACACGGCGUGCGGGAGACUCGCAAGAUGGGCCAUGCAAGCCCUCGUCAAGUUUCGAGAUCAGCUCAAACACUGGUUAUACAGACACCAAGCCAUUCCCAUUCUUUCAAUUGCCGUCAGAGUUGCGAGAGGCUGUUUUGAGAUAUCUCGUCGUUUUUCCCUUUCCGCCACAUUAUGGAUCUCGCCGAAUACCCUUCCUCCGCAGAAAACAACAUCAGGAUACCGUACGUAUGGAGUUGAAGGGCGACCUCUACCCCAUGAACCUCUUUCUCGCCAGCAGGCAAAUGUAUGAGGAGGCAUUUAGGGCCUGGCGCAUCUUCAACACGUUUGUCUGGGUUGUCAGAACGCCAAAGUCUGAGCACGUCGACACCAGGUCUCUGACCGACACGUACUUGGUUGAAAUCAUGGAAGUUCGCCAUCUCGUCAUGCGCAUCGUUCAAGUCGGCGAUAGCUUGCAACUUGAACGUGAUCUUUUUCCAUUGCUUCGCAGCCUGAUCGAGCACGGCGAUCUGAGAUAUCUCGGGUUCGAGGACUUCGUCCCAACCACAGCGAUGGAGUCUCUGCUGGAUCUGCUCUCGCAUCCAUACCUGAAGCGCGCCUCAUUGCGGAUCGACUUGUGUCAGCCUGGGUAUCCCGCUUCGCGGUGGUGCCCACUGCAUGAUUACGUUGCAGAGGAUGACGCCAUCCACUGGGGCGUCUCUGUCAAGUGGCGCGAGUUCCGCGCCGCGUGCUCCAGGGGAGGAAGUGGAUCAAGACAGCAUAGGUAGCUGCAGGCUGACAGUCGGGAAGGAUGGGAUCAUGCAAUCACCCACGUUCGACC